CCCGUAAUACCGCUCGUGUACUCUCGCCAAAACGACUUGUAAACCUGAGCUGAGCCCCAUCGGGAGGCUCCGGCUCAUCAUGACACCGCAUCUGGCAACCUGUCUCUCCCCGUUCCUUUCCCGUGCGUCACGCCCGUUACCCGCCCAUCACGUCGCUAUCACGUCGUUUACAUCGCUGUCGCUGUCGCCACCGCUCUCCCCCUUUUCCUCACGUAUUCCGCUUUUGCUGGGCAGCCAAUGAGUCGCCGCCGUGGUCUCUCGAAGCGUAGCCAUGUCGAAUAUGGCCCAGGCUUUGGUGGAAUCGCUCGCAAGGCCAAGAACUUGCCCAUCAACAAGACGUCGAAACAGUUGUCGGACGCGCGUCAGGCCUUCGAAGAACAGCUCCAGGGUGAGUUACAUUACACUCUUCUCAUUUCAUAUAAUCUUUCCUCAGCUCUGAGCUAUAUUCAACGAGAGGAAAUCAUGGCGCCGUCCUCAUCAACACAAGAUGUGGACAUGGACUACGGAGGCGGAGUAGGCGUGGGAGAUGGCGACUGGGAGGACGAUGAGGUUUUCUACCAUACGCUCCCUCCUGGGGAAGAGGGUGCAUGGACCAGUGCGGGUGAUGAGGACGUGUGGACAAAGGUUGCCGAUGGAAUGCGCCCUGGUCGGGGGGACCCUCGGAUACGCAGUCAUCGCGUCCAGCAGAUGAUCAACGCCUGGAAUCUGCACAUGAACGAGCUCGUGGAUUCGUACCUCAUCUGGGCAGAGUCACGGUCUCAGAGUGGAGUUGGUGGGGAGUCAAGCGAAGUCGGCUCGGGUACGGGUUCGGUUUGGCCUCUACGAGUACUGGGGUUUGAUGUGUCGACAACUCUUCUCUUCACGCACGCUCCGGGGGCCUCCAGUCCCAAUGAGGCUCUAUUACGACGGGGUUACAUUGGAGGCAGUCCAGAUUCACCAACCAUAGCGUUCUCUACACGUACAUUCGAGAUCUAUCGCCAAAUACAUCGUGUCACUCCCCGAUUCACCGUUGAUUCACUGGCAAGGGUAUUGAACUAUCUACAUCAGGUUCCCCGACGUCGAUAUCUGCAAGAACAGCUUACAACAGCAUAUGAUGCAUACCUCGAGAUUCUUCGCAAGGUGGAUGAUCGUAUAGCGGCAACUUUGAAUCGAGAUGCAGAGUGGGAAGUCAGGAAUGUCUGCCCCCCAUGCUUCUACAAGCUUGAAGCCGAACCCAAACUCCGGUAUAGCUCGUUCAUGAGUGUCGACGGCAACAUGUCCUUGAAGCUUGUCGACACCACGUUUCGGGCCGGAAAUCCCCGCUUCGACGCUCGGCAGUCAGCCUCAUGGCGGUGGCUCACAACGGCACAGGUUGAUCUGUUCAAAGAUGAGGUCAAGAAUUCAGAGGCUCGGAAGUCGAAACCGAAACUAGGCCAGCCAGGAACUGCCAAGCCAUCUGUCACAAAUGACAGCUCAGCCAACGGCGAUCACGCGUCAAAUCAACAGUCACCGACAGACGAGGCUGACGAGGAUAUUGCGUGGCUCAGCCUAAAUGAGCUCGACGAGGCUGACAUUCAAAAAUUGGAGGAGAGUGCUAAUGUUUGCGUCGAGCGAUGGAAGGCUGCAGGACCAGAAGCCCGCAAGAAGAUGUUUGCCCUCUUUGCCGUUUCGGGCAUCUUCUUGGCGGUGUGUCGCCAUGGGCAUGUUCUCAUCAUGUGUGAUAUGAUACGGAGCGGCGAAUUGAUGAAAUAUCCUCUCGCCAUCGUCAAGCAUUUGAUGGACACGUAUGGUGCAGAUAUCGGUCUAGGCUACGACAUCAUGUGCGCCUUCUUCAAGACCCUUCUCCGAAGCUCGCUGGGUGGAAGGGUAGUUGCCAUGCGCUUACGUGGCAUUGUGCCGGCUUUCCAUGGGCAUGCUCAUAACCGGGAGUGUCAACUCGGGUGGCAUCCUAUGUACAUUGAGGGUGUUGGACUGGAGGAUUUCGAGGAGUGCGAGCGCACAUUCUGCCAAUCCAAUCAUCUUGCUAGCUGCACCCGACUUGCCACACCUUUUCAUCGACAGCAACAAAUCGACGAGCAUUUCUUAUUCCAUGAUCUGGACAAGCAUGCUUCUUCCGGAAGCUUCAUCUUUGAGAAUUACCGACAAGCGGUAGAGAAGAUCACUGAUCACCGCGUACGCCUUGCAGAGCUCGAACGAGUACUCAAGACUAGGGCCAUAGACUACGAAUCUGACCUCCAAGCGGAGCGGGAAUACUUGAAGUCGCUCAAGGAGGAACCAGCCUCAGUCACUGUUGCCGUCGAUUACCUAGAGUUGCUCAGCAAACUCCAUGAUGCCGCUGCUGCAUCGGCCGCUGCUGCUCAGGACUUUGCCAACCUCGACCGUUUAAUCAUCGAAUCCGGCAUCACAAAACAAAAGAUCGCCAACAUUCGUACCCGUUACCGCACAACCCAUAGCCGUCAUCUUUUAGUUGAAGAAGAAGUUUCUCGCUUUGAGCUUGAUCACGGCAUUGAGCAGCGAUGGGACCGGGACUCUGAAGCCUAUCGAGAGGCUCUUGUCACUCUAAGUGAACGCCGUUAUCGUCGGGCCUUGGAUAAGCUGGAAAGACUCGUUGUUCAACGUCUAUUGGAACUAACGAAACUUUCCAUGAGUGGACUUGGUUAUAAGCUUCGAGAGAAGAUCGGCAAAGCUCUCCGCACUCGGGCAGAAGCCAUUCAAAGCGCUAUCACAGAGUAUAAUGCGGCAGCGAAGCUUCUCAAUCCUCCUCGGGAGGAGCUUCAGUGGGCGAAGGUCGUGCAGACUGCAACACUAGCGGAGUUUGAUCUGCUUCGGAACACUCGUCUUGACAUUCGCACACUGCCGUGGACAGCACCUUCUCGUCGUGAAGCCGGUGCCUUGUACUUUGGCAUCAAACGAGCGGAGGAAGAGAUCCAGCGCCUGAAUGUGGAGAUUCGGCGGCUCAUCACAUUCCUCCUUGAUGAGCACGUAGACUUUUCAUGCGCAAUUACUCGGAACCUUUCGUCGAACUCUCCCUUGGCAUCAGAGCUCUCCCGUCGCCUCGAAGGCAAGUCAAGAAUCAGUGCCAGCAUAGUCGAACGCCUCAUCAAGGCCAGCCGUCUUCCUGGUUUCUCAGGAAGUCUGCUUCCCGGGGAUCGAUUGGGACGUGAUCCUUCCCUUCUGCAGUCAUGUCCUAUGCCGGAUUGGGCUCAGAAUCUGCUUGGACUCCAGCAAGUUGUUAUUGAGCUCGAGGAGGAGAACGAUGCAGCAGAGAUUGCUCGGGAGCUUCAGGGUAUCGAUGACGAGCGUGUUGUGGAUCUUAUGGAUCACUUGCAGCUCACUACUCUGGAUGACAACAUGUAGAAUGCCUCUAAUGUGUAGAUUCAAUCGUUUUCAAGUGUUU